AUGACGACCCCAGGAGAGGACGAGCUCAGAAGCGCACUUAUCGAGCUGAAAGCUCAAAAUCCCAGUCUGGGUAUAUCCAAAGUCCAUGCCCUGCUGCUCGCCGCGCAUCCUGACUGGACGGUCAGCGAGAAACGGACACGAAAAAUCCUGCAAACGCAGGGCUUGGUGCAAGGCGCCGGCCCAGCCGUGCACCCGACCUCGCGCCUUAUCCCCAACUUCGAUGUGAAGAAGUACUCCUCGAAGGUCGCGCCAAAGUUCUUCGACAAGCGGAAGGGAAAGGGCCUCGUCGCGGUCGAUCCGAUCAAGGAGGGGGAGGUGAUCUGGAAGGAGGAUCCGUUCGUGAUGGCACCCGAGUGGAACGCGUUCGAGAUGCAGAUCCAGGGCACGGUCUGCUGGCAGUGCUGUACGCCCAUGCAACACACCGGCCGGGAGGUAUCCUGCCGCGCACACACCUCCUCCGCCAACUACUGCCCCGCGCGAUUCUGCAACCGCCUAUGCCUCGUGCGUAGCGACAAGACGCACCCCCUGCUUUGCCCCGCUCAGAAUCCAGCUUCGUCUCAGCUGCUGCGUUACGCGCACGACAAGCAGUGGAUGGCGCUCCACGGCUACGCCCAAUUGGUAGCGCGGAUCAUACUCGCCUAUCAAGGCGACGAAGAGACCUUCAGAUCCGAGCUGGACAUCAUGCGCGCCUUCGCAGAGAUCGAUGUGGAAACUCGCCACCGGAACACGAACCCUGGCUUAGAACCAGACAAGGAAACAUGGAAGGCCGGACACAAGCACCUUUUGAACACCUUCGUCGACCCGCCGACGGCGGAUGGCAAGAAAAAGCUCAAGAAAAUCAUCCGCAAACCUCUAACCGCAGAACUUGAGAAGGAGCUCUUCGACUACGACACAGCCUUCCUCAAAGGACUCGGUCGCAUGGUUCUCAACUUUGAAAGAUCCGGCGGCCUCUACGUGCUGCACUCGCACAUGAACCACUCCUGCGUCCCCAACAUCUCUGUGCGGCACUUCGACAAGAGCACCAACUGGGCGCGGAUAACGAUGGUCGCGAAGAAGGACCUCGCGCCAGGUGAGGAGCUCAUGAUCUCAUACGUCGACCCGGAGGCGCCCUACAAGGCGCGGCAGGCCGAGCUCGAGCAGUGGGGUUUCAAAUGCGUAUGCCCGCGCUGUUUGGAGGAGGCAAAGACGGCGAAGGCGGCUGCGCCUGUGCAUGGCGAGGUCCGCGAUGGGAUUGACUUGAACGAUCUGGAGAAGGAGCUCAAGGCGGGGCUGGGUGUUAUGUAA